AUGCCGCCUCCCCUAAUGCCCGGGAGCGAACGGGGAUUUGCCGCGCUUCCAGAACCAAAAGAGGACUACCACCCGGAAAUAUAUGUAGGCACAGGAUGUGCAGAAUCAAGCACACGACAAGCUGCAAACAAUAGAGAUGACUGGGCGCGGUCUGUUGUCGACGAAGAUUCUAGUUCCUUCUUCGCCCCGGACGUGGCCGAUCGAAAGAUGCCAUUGGCUCUGCCAACUAUAGUCCCGCGUACGCCAGAGAUCGCAUCAAGGGCGGCGCAUGAGUGGCGAAGGAGCCUUUCCGACAGCGCCAAGCAGAAUGCGCAAGGAGGGACGAUCCUAAGACACAAGCGUGUUCAAGAGGAUUUCGAGGCUGUAGCUGGAAUCAAGAACGGGCUGAGUAAUGAAUUCUGCCGGGAUGAGCGACCGCACUUUGAGCCUUGGAGCUCUCUUGACCAGUCUGUUCUUCAAUGGCUCGAGCUCGGAUCCGGACGCUUGCGUCUGCGCCAUGAUACCUUCAUGAAUUUGUAUCCGCUUGCACCCGCAUUAUCCACUGAAGGACCCCUGGAUGUAGUUACAGCUGCUCGGAGAGGCUUUUCGCGCAGUGUGGCUGGAGGGGUGAUCGCCUCAAGGGGCGGCACACGCCCGACUCGCAAGCUAUCGACGACAUCUCCCUCACCCAGUUCAGGUCGUUGUUUCGUUCGAACGCUGGGAUAG